GUCUCCGAAUGCUGAGCCCCCGCGCGCUGGGCGGGCUGGGCGUCGCGCACUUCGCCGGGGUGUUCCUGGCGCAUCUCGCGGCGCAGCCCACCCCCUUGGCGCCGGAGAAGGCGCCUGUGCCCAGCCCCGCGUCCGCGGGGGUGGACAGUGGCGCCGCGGGGUCGCGGGACCUCCAGCAGGCGCUGUCCACCCUGCAGGAGGCGCUGGGCGACUGCCUGGCCUCGCGGGCGCCUGUGUGCCCGAGCCCCUGCCCCGAGUGCCGCUGCGAGUGCGGGUCCGGGGCGUCGGUGUCGCCAGGCUGGUGGCGCGCGGCCCUUGAGCUCGUGGUGGGGGCCGCGGUGCUCCUCGGCCUCGAGCUCUUCCGCGGCUGCCUGGGCUGGGCCCGUCGGGCCUGCGCCGGGGCCCGCCGUGCGGCGGGCCUGCCGUCGUCAGGGCUGGGCGAGGCGGCUCCGGGCACGCCUGAUCCGCGGGUCCCGAGGGGAGGUGCCUUCUCGGUGCUCACCCCUGACAUGGACGUGUAUGUCGAGGAGUACCCGCCAGCGAACACGGAUGUGCGUGGGUACUACCUCAAGCAGCCCCGUGGGGUCGGGGCCCUGGCGGUGGCAACGCCAGGUGGACGGGCUCACUACGACUUCGCCUACCUCCCGACCGCCAUGCAGAUGGUCGGGGUCUUCCAGGAGGCGCAGAUGUCUUUCCUCUUCCCCUUUUUCGCGAUCUACCUGCCCGACGACAGGCUCGCCGUGCCGUGGGACGCCGCCGGGAUAGAGUGCCUUCGCGAGCUCUGCGGCGCCUGCCCCAUGCACGGUGCGACUGCCCCGCUCUUCUUCGCCUGCGGGGACAUCGAGAAUGCCAUCUAUGCGACGUGGAUCCCUGCAGGCCUGUGCUCGUUCUUCAAGCUCGGGCGGGUUCGCGCGGGCGUGGUCGGCAUCACGUCUCUCGAUGGUGCGGCGGUUGAUUGUGGCGAUUGGCUCACCCCUCAGCUUGCCAUCUUGCCAAUGGGGUGGAGCUGGGCGACGCGCCUUUGCCAGAUGGUCAUGGAGUCAGCCCUGGCGCGGGCCGGCGCGCCAGCGCCGCGGCACGUGCGAGACCGCAGCGAGGGGCUGGACCUGGGCAAGCAGGACAGCCAGGGCGCCGCCGCCCACGUGGAAAAUUAUUUGGCGGCGGGCGCCAGCCAGGCCGACGUCGACGCCACGGCGGCGAGGGCGGAGGCGGAGCUGGUCGGCCUCGGCUUUGCGGUGCACGAGCAGCAGCGGGCCAGCAGGAGUUGUUCGUUCGUGGAGCUCCAUCUGUGCGGCACUUCGCACUGCGUUCGUGCGUCGCCGAAGCGCCUCUGGCUGGUGCGACGCGCGAUCGACGAGCUGCUGGCCCGGGGGUCUGCGCGCGGGGAGAUGGUGGAGGUCGCCCUCGGGCACUGCACCUGGAUCAUGCUGUUGCGCAGACCGUCGCUCGCCAUCUUCGACGCGAGCUACCGCCUCUGCCAGGCGGCGCGGGGCGAGGCCUUGCCCUCGUGGACCUCGGUGCGCUGGGAGCUCUGCACUGUUCGGAACCUGCUGCCGUUGUUCUCCGCGCACCUGGCCAGCCAGCGCGCCGCAGCCUCGCUGGGGCGGACGGUGGAGCGCCGGCGGUAUCACUUCGACGAUGCCAUCAGCGCCCGCUCUCACGCGCUGGACGGGGGGGGCGUGGCGACCUCGCUGCGGAGACCUGCCGCGCUGCCCAGCGAGGCGGUCAAGGAUCUGGACGAGCAGUUCGGCGAGGCCCCAGCGUCCUUCAUGCAAGACCCCAGCUGGAAGAUCGCGCUGUCUUUCCCGUGGCGCGAGAAAAGUCGAGGCUCGGCGGCGCAGCUCCGCAGCGCGCUGCGCAAGCUCUGCGCGCUGGCGCCUGCCCGCAGCCUCCAGCUGCACGCGCGGCGGGCCCCCAGCGAGCUCAACCCCGCCGACCGCCCGCCCCGCGGCUACCUGUACAUCGACACGCAGAAGCUGGGCGUGGUGGCCGCGGUUCGGCCGGCGGCGAGGGCGGCGCCGGGGCCGGGGCCGACCUACUUGGAGCAGAGGUCGAUCUCGAAGCCCAUGCUGGCGGACUACCGCAGGCGGGCGCAGGCCUUCGUGACCUGGGCCUGCGAGAACCGCCCGGACUGGAAGGACUCGGCGGAGCUGGACUCGGUGCUCGUGGAGUACUUCAAUUUGCUCUACCUCCUCGGGCACAGCGGGGACGACGCGUCCAAGUUGCUGGCUGCGGUGAAGUUCUUCGUGGCGAACCAGAGCAGGCGGGGCACAGAGCGCCUGCCUCGGUGUUCAAGGGCUCUGGCGGGCUGGGGCAAGUGCGCCCCUCGCCGUUCGCGACAGCCCCUUCCUUGGCUCGUGGUGGCCGCGCUGGCGGGCGGGCUCCUGCGGCGGCAGCUGACGGAGCACGUCGCGGCGAUGGCCCUGAGCUUCAGCACCUACAUGAGGCCCAGGGAGGCGGACUCUCUGGUCGGGCGGCAGAUCGUCGAGGGCGUCGCGGAGGGCAGCGGCAGCGGCGCGGCACUGGUGCUCUUCCUGGAGGAGAUGGGAGUGCCCAGCAAGACGGGCAUGUGGGACAUGACCGUGCCCUUGGACACGUUCCGCUUCCCCGGCCCGUCGCUCUUGGUUCUGAGAGGGCGGCGCCGCUCGCUGAGGGGCCGCGCGUGGAGCUACCCCCCGGGCGACCUCGGGCAGAGGGUGCGCGCGGCCGCGGAGGAGCUCGGCCUCGCCUUGGCGCCCCCGCAUCAGCUGCGGCACGGCGGGGCCUCCGACGACCUCGCGGCGCGCAGGCGGACCGCCCUGGAGACCCAGGCCCGCGGGGGCUGGGCAAGCCCGCAGUCGUUCCUGCGGUGCGCCGAGCCCGGCAGGAUCCUGGCGGAGAUGGCGAAGCUCCAGCCGGGGCGCUGGCCCCUGCGGGACCUCACAAUAUGCAUGGGAGCACCGAGGCAUGCAGUGAAAGUCCGCACGGUUUUCUGGAGCUUUUCGCUGGAUCCGGAGGUGCGUUUUACUAUGCGCGUGAUUAGCUUGCGCCGCCGCCUGUCCAUCCCAGCGCACCUGGAGAAUCCUG